AUGUCAAACCGUGUUAAAGCUGAUGAGCUGUCCAGAAACGACAGAGUUGUAAAUGUUCAUCAGCUGUCUAUGAAGUUGUGCUCGAAAUUGCAGCAGCAUGCAAUCAGUAUCGAUGAUAAUUCAAGUCCUUUGGCAGAAACAGAUUCUGGCACUUCACAAACAGAUUCUGGCUCUCUAGAACUUGGUUCACACCAGCACUCCAUAGAACUAAAUAAUAUCACCGAGACACCAAAAAGAUUAAAAUGCAACAAAAAUUUAACACCAAAAUCUUUAAAAAUAAGGCAGUUAAGUCAUAAGCUGGCAUAUUUAAAACGAAAACAUUCAGCAAAAAGGAAAGCAAACAAAGCUGGAGUCGAAAAGGCACUCCAGCUGAUUAGCUCAUUAGUUAGUUCUGUAGUUUUCACUUUUAUAAAAUCACAAAUAAAAGCAUCAAAUGUGUCAAAAUACGGACGAAGAUGGUCACUGAUGGAUAAAAAUUUGUGCCUUCAGAUCUAUCUUAGUAGUCCAAAAUCAUAUAAUACACUGAAGGCUUUUUUGCAUUUGCCCAGCAAGCCUACAUUAUUGAAAGCUGUAUCUGGUAUAAAAAUGGAACCUGGAUUUUCAGUUGCUGUGCUCAAUGCCAUAAAAUUAGUUGCUAGCAAACUGAAAAUCCAUGACAGGUAUUGCAUCUUAUCCUUCGAUGAAAUCACUUUAAAGCAAAGCUUAUCUUAUGAUAAGAAAAGUGAUUACAUUGUUGGAUUUGAAAAUUAUGGUUCCUACACUGAACUAAAAAUGUUUCCCGAAUAUGCAACUCAUGGUCUUGUUUUUAUGGUCCGUGGGCUGUGUAAAAAGUGGAAACAGGUCAUUGGCUAUUUUUUUUCUUCUCACACUACUCCAGGUUUUAUGUUGUGUACUUUGGUCAUGGAAGCCCUAUCAAAAUUAUUUGAUUGUGGUUUGAUACCUGUGGCUGUUGUUUGUGAUGGUGGUGCAAACAAUGUAGUUUGUUACAAAAAAUUUAUGAAAGUCACAGAAGAAAGACCAUAUAUUAUAUGUCAAGACAAAAAGGUAUUCACACUUUUUGAUGUGCCUCACCUUUUGAAGUGCUUGCGAAAUAAUUUUAGAAAGUAUGAUGUUAAAUUUCAGGGUGGCAAAAUUGCUAGUUGGAACCACAUUGUAUCUUUGUGGGAAUUUGAUCGUAAAAUGCCUCACAGAUGUGUUCCGAAAUUAACAGACCGCCAUGUAAAUGUGGAUUGCCUUAGUGCUAUGAGUGUAAAAUUAGCAGCUCAGGUCUUCAGUCAUUCUGUGGCUUCAGGCCUGUGUUACCUUAGUGCACUAAAUGGCUUACCCGCAUCGGCUAGUCUUACAGCAGAUUUCUGUUCAAACAUAAAUAUUUUAUUUGACAGUUUGAACAGUAGAACACUUAAGCACUCUAAUCCUUUUCUUGCAGGAGUUCCAUAUUUAAAUUGA